AGCUUGAACAAUUACAACUGUUUUCUGGUGACCUGGUACUGUAUCUUUCUUUCCCCAUGUUGCAUUCUGGUUCAGCUGUUUGUUUUCAGAUAGUGGAAAGAUUUAAACAGGCGCUACUUUGCUCUAACCCAGCACGUCCAACCCAACCAACACAUGACCACAAUGACUUAUUUAACUCCCUGCAAAGAUCAUUGUGACAACCUUCACAAAUGUUUAAAUGACAUCUGUUUUUCACCAACCGCCCAUUUCCUGUUAACAGUCAUGUGUGAAUAUGCUGAUACUUUACUAAUAAAAAAGUAUUUUCACAGAAGGUUAUGAGCAAGCUGAGCUGAAAGCAACACUGAACACAAUGGAUGAACAGGAUAUCUAUGCCAAUGUCGAGGGACCAUCAGGACUUUACAUCAGGUGGGAGAGAGUGCAGAGUUCAGAAAAUAUUUAUCCAAAUGAAGACACAUGUUGCUCUGUGGAGACCGACAGAACUGGACCUGCGCUGUCAGACCUUGAGGAAAGUAACACAGUUAAGAAGCGUUCUUGCAAUGCUACAGCACUGAUCCUGGGUCUGCUGUGUCUUCUCCUUCUUACUGGACUCGUGAUUUUGGUUUUCCUGUACACCAAAAACAACUCAAACUGGGAACUUAAGAUGUUGCUGUUACAGACCAGUUACAACAACCUGACUGAAAAAAAAUACCAGUUAAAGACCAGUUACAACAACCUGACUGAAAAACAACAUCACUUACAGACCAGUUACAACAAGCUGGCUGAAGAAAACCACCAGUUAAACACCAGUUAUAUCAAUUUGACUCAAGAAAAAGCCCAACUUAAAAAAAAACUUGAAAAUGCCACUACAGACCUUCGAAAAAAGCUUCAAGCUCUACAUUGGACGUAUUUCGCGGAUAAAUACUAUUAUAUUUCAUCAACGAUGCAAACAUGGCAAGACAGCAGAAAUGACUGCCUGCAGAAAGGUGCAGACCUGGUGAUUAUCAACAGCCCUGAAGAGCAGGAAUUUAUAAGAAAAAUAAAAAAACGAACCUGGAUUGGACUGACAGAUGCAGAGACAGAGGGGACAUGGAAGUGGGUGAAUGGGACUCUGCUGGGGAGCCUAAGGUACUGGGCAGAAUCUGAACCAAAUAACGCAAAUGGAAAUGAGAACUGUGCAGAAAUAAGUAGUUCCAAUUUGGAAAAAAGCUGGAAUGACAUGUCAUGUGACUUUAAAAUGCACUGGAUCUGUGAAGUACAACUAAUCUAAAUAAAAUCAUUUCACAGUUUUAACUUCUAAAAACUUCUAACUUCAGUUAGAAAAAAUAUGUUUUUUAUGUUUGCGGUAAACUGUAAAACUUGCAAAGGUUUCUGAAUCAAAUACAUUUGAAUCUAACUCUGCUGAAGGUCUUAAAAUGCCGUCACCACAAAAACAAAGUUUAGUAUAUAUUUCUCCUGAGAAAAUAUUUUAAAAACUUUCUAAAUACUAUAUGUAUUGUAAUGGAAUCAUUUAAAUAUAUGCAUUAGGGAAAUUGUGAAUUCCUAUUUACUUCUUAAAUAAAACAGACACACUCAGUGGAGACCUCCUACAUGAUUUACUUGCUACAAGUGAGCAGUUUACAGCAAAGGCAGCAAACUGUUUUUUUUCCCAAUUGCUGGGAUCAUUAAAGUUCAUCUACAAUAUCUGUAUAUGUUGUGAGUCAGCUCCAAUGCCGCCAGAGGGCACUCUGACUUCCUUUUGUUCUGUGCCCUCUGGUUUGUCAUUUUAUUUCCUGUUUCAUGUCAUUUCCUGUUAUCAGUUUGAUUAGUGUCACCUGUUUUUGUUGGUAUUUAGGCCCUCACUUUGUGUACAGUCUUUGCUGUUACCUUUGGUUCAGAUGAGUUCAUGGCACAUGUUUAGCUUUGUCUGUUUGAAUGUGUUGUCUUCAUUAUGUAAAGGAGGGGGCUAAAGACACACCCCUGUGGAGAACCAGUGUUCAGGAUGAUGCUGGAGGAUAAGAUGUUGUUAAUCCUCACAGUCUGAGUCCUUGCUGUUAGAAAAUUCAGGAUCCAUUUAAAUCUGUGGAAUCCGUACUUAGAUUAAUUUCCCUGUUUAUGUGUGUCAUUACUUGCUUCUUAAAACUUCAUGAUUAUAGGGGUCAGUGUGAUUGGCCGUUAGUCAAUGAGACAGUCCUGAAAUCUGCCUGAAGUCCUAUCAGGACCUGCUGCUUUGUGGGGGUUCACUUGCUGCAGGGGGGACCUCACCUCAGCUGCUGUAACACUGCACACAGGCUCAUCAGGUAGAAGGCUGAACUUGGUGUGAAUUGUGGUUGUUCAGGUUUUUUUCAAAGUAAGUGUAGAAAUUAUUUAGAUUAUAUUCAUUAGUUUAGGACCUGACUCCAUUAAAGCUCGUAUUCAUUCA